CACUGCUUCCAACUCCAGUCUUCUUCUCUUUAGUUUUUCUAUGCUUCUUCUCAUCUUCUUUACCUUUACUUUUGACGUCUGGAUUUUUUACUUUACAAAUUACAAAAAUUGUAAAGAACAUGUCUUUAGAAGAUGCAGACUGCCCACCGCUUUCGGACGUCUGUUCGGGUGGCGCAGCAUACGAAGAAGACGACUCUGAUGGUUGGGACGAAAUGGAAAUCAACAUUGAACAGACAACAUGCUUGUUCUGUCCCUUACAAUUUCACACUAUAGCAGUUGCGUUAGACCAUUGCCGAUCCGAACAUAAAUUUGAUUUACUAGAUUUAAAAAAUAAGUACAAUAUGGAUUGUUAUUCCUACUUAAAGAUGGUGAACUAUAUCAGGCUUCAGAAGCCCGAUCCUCGGAUAUUAACUGAAUCUUCAGUGGCUUUAUGGGAUGAUGAUGUUUAUUUAAAACCUGGUGACAUGGAGACGUGGCUCAUGUAUGAUUUUGAUGAUCUAGGCAGUGCUCCAUCCACUCCUCAUUAUGCCAUUGAUGGCAAAACUCCAAUAAGCAAUAUCAACUUUUCUGACCUUCAGAAACAGAUACAGGACUUAACUAUGCAAGUUAGACAUAGGGAUUUACUGUUAGAAACGUAUUUAAAAGAUAUGGAGAAGAUGAGAGAAGUAACUAGGACGAUAGUUGAAUCUGGAGAGUCUACAAACAGGAAAAUGGCUCACAAUGUAGUGUCUUCCGGCUGUGAAAGCAAUGAUUAUUUUAAUUCUUAUUCUCAUUUUGGAAUUCACCAUGAUAUGCUCAAUGAUAAAGUAAGGACUGACAGUUACCGGGAUGCAAUUUUGAAAAAUGCAAAUUCAUUCAAAGAUAAAACUGUAUUAGAUGUUGGUUGCGGCACUGGUAUAUUGUCCAUGUUUUCUGCUAAAGCUGGAGCAGAAAAAGUGUAUGGAAUAGACCAAUCUGAAGUAAUUUACAAAGCAAUGGAUAUUAUUAGGGAAAACAAUUUGCAGGACCGGAUUCAUUUAAUUAAGGGACAAUUAGAAAAAAUUAAUUUACCUGUUGAAAAAGUUGAUAUCAUUGUAUCAGAAUGGAUGGGUUAUUUUCUUCUGUUCGAAGGAAUGUUAGAUAGUUUUGUUUAUGCUAGAGACACUUUUUUGAAACCAAACGGAAUUGUAUUGCCUAAUAGGUGUAAUAUAAGUAUUGUGGGAGUAAGUGAUACAGACAGAUACGACAGAGUAAUAAAUUUCUGGGACGACGUUUACGGUUUCUCUAUGAAAUGCAUGAAGGCCGAAGUGUUCAAAGAAGCCUUCGUGGAAACAGUACCGGAAGACAAGCUCCUGACGAACGCCCAAGCGAUAACGGAGAUCGAUCUCAAGACGUGCAACUUGAACGCUUGCAUAUUCAGUUCGAAAUUUACUUUGACGGCUGAAAAAGACGGAACUUUAACAGCCAUUGCUGGUUAUUUUGAUACUUUCUUCGAUUUGGAUAAUAACGUUCAGUUUUCGACUGGACCGCACGUUGAUAAGACCCAUUGGCAGCAAACGGUUUUCUUUUUGGCUGAUGUUGUGCACAUGAAACGAGGUGACAUCAUCGAGGGAACACUCAGUUGCACGAGGUUAACGAAAAAUGUUCGAGGAUUAUCAGUUACCAUUACCAUUGGAAAAAGCAAAUACCAAUACGUUAUGGAUUAAAUUAAAAAAAAAAAAACCACGCGAAUCAACUUAACUUUUGUAUUUUUUGUAAUUGUAUUAAAAAUAUAUCUUACAACAAAUUCCUAACUAAGUUAAUAAUUUACUUAAGUUCGUAGAUUUUUUUUUAUCACUUAUUUGAACCCAUUCUCCCCUUGUACUCUGAACACUUGAUUUAACGGAUUGUAGGGGGUUCUUUGCGUCGUAAAAAACGGGAUUCUUCUGUUAAAGUCUGCCUGGACGUCUGCUCUCAGUAUCACCACGCCUAAAAAUCAUAA